UCUCCACGCAUGAAUUCAUAUCCUAUUGGCGUUUCUGGCAGUAUCAAGUUAUAUCACUUUAUCGAACGUCUUCGUAAUGGGAGAAUAAAAGUUCAUCGGUGGCCUAAUUAUUGACGGGGACCACGAGACAUGCAGUUGAAGGGUUAGCAUUUCAAAAUGGAGAGAAAUGAUAAUGAUGGUACCAAAGAAAGUGCAACAUCGUCCAAGCUCCAAGCGGUCCGCGAUGUCUUCAGAAGAGCCCAUACAUAUCUCUUGGUGAAGCUAGGUCGCCCUGUCUCUGCAGCUGGAGACGGAAAUAGAACCGUAAGUCCCAAACAAUCCGGUAACAGAAGACUCCCGUCGAAUCAAGAAAUACAAGAGGCUGCACACGAUUAUAAUUAUCCGGACCUUACACUACUUCAGAGAGAUGUCAAUCUUCCUCCGGCUCCAGACAUAAGUACGCUUCCCAAAAAAAAUAUGAAAAGAAAGCAGGCCCUGCGAAAUGUGAACAAACUGAACUAUCCGGUGGGAAAGAGAUCUUUUAGUGUUCCUGGAACUAGUGAAAGGAGACACGAUGUUCCGAUAACAAGAACAAAUGUCUCAAUGAAGGCAAGAUUAUUUGAGCGAAAGGAUAGCGACAGCGGAUCGGACGAGUACUUGUAUCCAAAAGCGUCGCCAAAACAUACUCAGAAACGUUUUAUCCCGCCAAGUUCAAAACCGCCGUUAGUAAACAAGCCAUUCCAUAUUAGAGUAGUGCCAGAAAACGGCACUAAAGCCGAAAUUAACGCGAACCAUGUCGGCAACGCACGCAGUUUCCUUGCGUCAAACCUGCCACCGUCUUCGAAGUUUUCAAACACAUCGCCGCGACCUUGGAAGCCCCCAUCCCAGCAAAAAAUAGCCAACAUCAAUACUCCCCCAGAAUAUGUAGAUAUGGAGAAUUCGGAGGUCAUUUCUUUGAAUCCAGGAAAAGAAAAAUCGUUUGAAACUCCCAAAAUCAAACCGGUGGGUAAAGUGGUGGGGGAAAAAGUACCGAUAUCACGGGAACCGUCGGUAAAACAAUUUCCUUCUGACAAACUCUUCAAUCAGUUGAGUGUGGUAGAACUUGUGGACUGUCUCCGGAAAUGUGGACUGGCGGAAAUGGCCAAUGUCUGUCAGUCGGAGAAGCUGGACGGGUCUUUUAUCAGUCAGCUUUCUGCGGAGGAGUUACAAGAACUCAAUUUGUCGCCAAUACAAAUCAUGAAGCUUAGCAAGGUCAAAAGUGGUUGGAGACCAAAAACUUCACAGUUUUCGUAGAUGGAUUUGCCAGUGUAUUUGAAAUGAGCUGUCUAUUUAAAGAAGAACUGUGAUUUUCCCAAAAUUUACCGGUGAAUAACAUGAAUAGUUUCAGUUCCAGUAACGAAAAAACCACACUCAUUUCAUUUAGUACAAUGUUAUCUGUUAUCAGUUUAGUACAACAAACGCAUUUGUAAAUUGGGUUUGUUUGACAGACAGCAACUAACAUUCAUGACAUUGUUCAAUUUGUUUGUACCUUUUCCUUCAUUAAAAUGACUAUCGUGAUUUACAAAUACAGAUUCUUUCAUGGCAAUCAUCUCCAGUCAUCUUUGCCAAUAAAGCAAAUGAUUUCUCUGGACGAAUUACUCAUUUGUAUAAUGCAAGCGUACAUGUAGCUGAAUAUAGGCAAUUAGUCUUGAAUAGUAUUUCAGUUUAGCAUACCGGAUUUGAAAUCAUGUAAACCUAACUAAAACCGU